GUUGGUUUCUGUGCUCGUCACAAAGACAUUAAAUAUUGGAUGACCUUGCCGUUUGCACAAAUUGUCCGUUGUAGCGUUAUCACGCCUCGAAUAUAGAAAUGAAUGGGAAGGUAACGAAGAAGUCCGUGGGAGUAAAAAGAAAGUUAUCUGAUGGUUCUAAACCGAAGGUGUCAAUAAAAAAGCCCAAGUUGCUUCCCUCUGUUCGGUUAUCUGACCAGCCUCCAGCACGCAAACCUCAAUGGACCAAUCGAGAGCGUGUUUUGGUUAUCUCUUCCAGAGGCAUAUCUUAUGUUGGCCGUCAUCUUAUGAAAGAUUUGACACGUAUGUUACCACAUAGUAAAACGGACUCAAAACUUGAUGACAAAAAAGGGAUAACCACUCUUAACGAGUUGGCAGAAAUGAGCAACACAAAUAAGGUUUUAUAUUUUGAAGCUCGUAAAAAGAAAGAUUUAUACUUAUGGCUUAGUUGUGUACCAAAUGGACCAUCAGCUAAAUUUCUUGUUGAAAAUAUUCGUACAACAGCAGAAUUAAAGUUGACUGGAAAUUGUUUGAAAGGCAGUCGUCCUAUCCUAGCAUUUGAUUCAUCCUUUGAAGAGUCAAACAAGCCUCAUAUACAACUGUUACGUGAAUUAUUUGUACAGACAAUGGGUACACCGAAUCAUCAUCCACGGUCACAACCAUAUAUAGAUAAAACAUUCACAUUUGUUAACUUCAACGAUCGUAUAUGGUUUAGAGUUUAUCAAAUUGCUGAGGAAAGUGGAGCACUAGUUGAAGUUGGUCCACGUUUCUCAUUGAACCCUAUCCGUAUAUUUGCUGGGAGCUUCUCCGGUGCAGUAUUAUAUUCUAAUCCAAAAUACAUUUCACCUAAUAUAAUUCGAAGUACUCUGCUGUCUAAAAAACAGAACAGGUAUAUUGAACGUACACAUGAUAAAAUGGAAUCACGUAAACGUAAAAAGGAGAUGAAGCAAAUCUUUCCAGUUGAUGAAUUAGAUGAAAUUUUUGAAUAAAUUUUGUACGACUAA